UUCUUUUUUCUUAUUUUCUUUGCUUUUUCUUCUCUCUCUCUCUCUCUCUCUCUCUUGAUUCCUUAUUACUUUUUCUUCCAUUUUUCAAUUCUUUUUCUUUUUUCCUCAUUUUUUCUUUCCUUCCUCUCAUUCUUUCUAUCUUACUCUCUGUCUGCUUAUCUAAGGGACUCUGGUUGGGUCUAUAUCAGUUAUUCAUAUUUUCCCUUAAUGUCCUUUCAUAAACCUCAAUAAAAAAUAAUAAUAAUAAUAAUAAUGAUAAUAGUACUCUCUCUCUCUCUCUCUCUCUCUGGGGUGAACCAAAGACUAUCACACCAUCAGCAGAAAUAAAUGGCUGAUUACAGACUAGCAUAUAUUAUUACCAGCACUAUCACAGCCCCAGACGCAUAAGGUUAACGACCACACCUGACUCCGAAUACCUGACGUGCUAUCAAACUCUAUACGUGUCACUCAAAGAUGUGUUCCUCUGAUACUAUAGGAAUGGGAGGGGGGUCAAAAAAUUGGGUCACGAGGGAUAUCGGUCAAUACCACAUGCUAAGUUAACCCCCUGACUGUGGACUUCCUACAAGAGACAUCACCAAGCUACAGGAAUGGAGCAAAAAGUGGCUGCUACAAUUCAAUGAAGAAAAUAUAAAGUUGGGAGGGGAUAUCCAGCAUACCAGUACCACAUGGGAAACACUCCACUAUCCACCACAGAGGCAGAGAAAGACCUGGGAGUGUAUGUUACCAGGCUACCAGUGAAGGGAUAUCCAGCAUACCAGUACCACAUGGGAAACACUCCACUAUCCACCACAGAGGCAGAGAAAGACCUGGGAGUGUAUGUUACCAGGCUACCAGUGAAGGGAUAUCCAGCAUACCAGUACCACAUGGGAAACACUCCACUAUCCACCACAGAGGCAGAGAAAGACCUGGGAGUGUAUGUUACCAGGCUACCAGUGAAGGGAUAUCCAGCAUACCAGUACCACAUGGGAAACACUCCACUAUCCACCACAGAGGCAGAGAAAGACCUGGGAGUGUAUGUUACCAGGCUACCAGUGAAGGGAUAUCCAGCAUACCAGUACCACAUGGGAAACACUCCACUAUCCACCACAGAGGCAGAGAAAGACCUGGGAGUGUAUGUUACCAGGCUACCAGUGAAGGGAUAUCCAGCAUACCAGUACCACAUGGGAAACACUCCACUAUCCACCACAGAGGCAGAGAAAGACCUGGGAGUGUAUGUUACCAGGCUACCAGUGAAGGGAUAUCCAGCAUACCAGUACCACAUGGGAAACACUCCACUAUCCACCACAGAGGCAGAGAAAGACCUGGGAGUGUAUGUUACCAGGCUACCAGUGAAGGGAUAUCCAGCAUACCAGUACCACAUGGGAAACACUCCACUAUCCACCACAGAGGCAGAGAAAGACCUGGGAGUGUAUGUUACCAGGCUACCAGUGAAGGGAUAUCCAGCAUACCAGUACCACAUGGGAAACACUCCACUAUCCACCACAGAGGCAGAGAAAGACCUGGGAGUGUAUGUUACCAGGCUACCAGUGAAGGGAUAUCCAGCAUACCAGUACCACAUGGGAAACACUCCACUAUCCACCACAGAGGCAGAGAAAGACCUGGGAGUGUAUGUUACCAGGCUACCAGUGAAGGGAUAUCCAGCAUACCAGUACCACAUGGGAAACACUCCACUAUCCACCACAGAGGCAGAGAAAGACCUGGGAGUGUAUGUUACCAGGCUACCAGUGAAGGGAUAUCCAGCAUACCAGUACCACAUGGGAAACACUCCACUAUCCACCACAGAGGCAGAGAAAGACCUGGGAGUGUAUGUUACCAGGCUACCAGUGAAGGGAUAUCCAGCAUACCAGUACCACAUGGGAAACACUCCACUAUCCACCACAGAGGCAGAGAAAGACCUGGGAGUGUAUGUUACCAGGCUACCAGUGAAGGGAUAUCCAGUAUACCAGUACCACAUGGGAAACACUCCACUAUCCACCACAGAGGCAGAGAAAGACCUGGGAGUGUAUGUUACCAGGCUACCAGUGAAGGGAUAUCCAGCAUACCAGUACCACAUGGGAAACACUCCACUAUCCACCACAGAGGCAGAGAAAGACCUGGGAGUGUAUGUUACCAGGCUACCAGUGAAGGGAUAUCCAGUAUACCAGUACCACAUGGGAAACACUCCACUAUCCACCACAGAGGCAGAGAAAGACCUGGGAGUGUAUGUUACCAGGCUACCAGUGAAGGGAUAUCCAGUAUACCAGUACCACAUGGGAAACACUUCACUAUCCACCACAGAGGCAGAGAAAAUCAUGGGAGUGUAUGUUACAAGGCUACCAGUGAAGGCCAAAUCCGUGCCAAUCGCAGCGGACGGGUUAAGGCUGAUGAAGUCCUGAAUGGGGAACACUUUAGUAGCCUGCUAAUUAUGGGCAUAUCAUUUACAUAAAGCGAUGAGUUAUGCAUCUAUACGUUUGCGAGUGUGUGUGCGUUUGUGAGUAUCUAUCUUUCGUUUUUUCGUAUUAACUGUGAUUUGUUCCGCUUGUUACGUUUAUACAUUCAUGGAAGGGGAGGAGUGAGGGAGUUGGUAGUAAUUGCAUAAGAACGCCUGAUAGAAAAAUUACUGAGUUUCCUACUAAAAGGUUACAUGUUUUAAUUCGGAUAACGCGAUGGAUAUGGACAAACUUCAAAAAUUACUGAGUUUCCCACUAAAAGAUUACGUACUUUGCUUUGGAUAGUGUGAUGGAUAUGCACAACCAUUAAAAAUUAUUAGAGUUUCCCACUAAAAGAUUACGUACUUUGCCUCGGAUAACACGAUGGAUACGGAAAACCCUGCAAAAUUGCCGAGUUUCCCACUAAAAGAUUCCGUACUUUGCCUCGGGUAACGUGACGGAUAUCGACAACCUUCAUUGGCGUCAUUUUCCUUGAACUCUGGGUCAUGUGAUAUCCCUAACACACCCUAAUUUGAACACUGCUAUUAGAGGCAGUAUCGAACGUAUUGACACGCCAACCACUGUAUCAAGGCUCGGGUAGUAGUUUAGGCAGUGUGUUCUUGUGUCUCAAAUCCUCAUAACACUCAAUGGAAAGAUGUCCCUAUCAGUGUCAUGGCAUCUAGAGGCAGUAUCGAGACUAUUACGCCACUCUGGUCCUUUUUUUUUUUACUUAUUUCAUCCCUUUUAUUCCAUUCAUUUCUACUGCAUUCCUUUUUCUUAUUUUCUUUGCUUUUUUUCUCCUUCCUUUUAUUUUUUUUAUCUUAGUUUCUCCUCUUUGGUCUCUCUCUCUCUCUCUCUCUCUCUCUCUCUGCCUCUUCCAUAUUUCAUCAUCUGACACGAUAAGACAAGUGUUCCAGGAUUGAUUCUUCUCAUUUUUCACAACACAGUUUCUUUUAUUACAUUUACAGUGGUCGUGCAUCCCCAGUAUUAAUUUCUAUUCAGUUUACAAAGUCUUUCAUCCAGGAUUGCACCACGCGAGAUCGCUGGCCAUGAUAACCCGUCCGCUGCGAUUGGCACGGAUUUCGCCUUCACUGGUACCCCUGGUGAUGUAUACUCCCAGGUCUUUCUCUGCCUCUGUGGUGGAUAGUAGUGUUUCCCAUGUGGUAUUGGUAUGCUGGAUUUCCCCUCCCCAAGGGUCUUGGCAGCCUCGGCCAGCAUGCCGGCACGCUCCCCGGGUGAGGAGAGGAGCUGUGAUGGGAGGUGUCUGCAGGCCAGCAUGAGGGCUGUGGCGUGCUCUCGUUCCCCACUGAAGUUCUCUGCGCCUUUGACUGUUGGGAUGAGAAAAGAUUCAUGUGAAAAUAAAAACUAGACUCGUGAAAAAGGUACUAAAACAUCUCCAGAUAACAGACGGCCGGCUGUAGCGGUGGCGCAGGGAGCGGUCCAGCAGCUGCUGCGUCCUGGCGGGGGAAGCGCCGGCCAUCAUCCUCAGCGUGGCCUCAUGCAGGAACACCCUCGCCACAACGCCCUGCAAUCAGAAGUCAACAAUUUAUGCCUGAUUGGCAACUGUAAUGCUUUGUACAUCACCAUUAGAUUAUAAAGGACGAUAUACACCA